GCAGUAUUUGUGUCUGUUUCAGAGUUAGCCGAUUGGAAUAAUAACAAAAAAUGAAGGUUGAGAACAACAAGGGCUCGAACUCCACCACCGACAACUCCAUUCUCCACCCGGACCACAGCUUCGAGACGAGGGCCAUCCACGAUGGACAGAGUCCCGACCAAUGGAGUUCGGGCAUCGUCAUACCGCCCAUCCACACCGGAUCCACCUUCAAGCAGGCCGAUCCUGUCGUGCAAGGGGAAUAUUUCUACGGGAGAAGUGGAAAUCCUUCCAGAACUGUAUUGGAGACCUGCAUCGCCAGCCUGGAUAAAGCGAAAUACGCCCUGACUUUUUCAACCGGAAUGGCAGCCGUCGCUGCUGUAGGGUCUCUCCUCAAAGCGGGCGACCACGUCAUAUUGGGGGAUGAUCUCUAUGGUGGAACUUACAGCUACUUCAAGAACAUCGCUGUAGACCAUGGAGUCGAAGUAGAAUUUGUGGACACUGCAAUUAUCGAAAACGUUGAAAAAGCCUUCAAACCAAACACCAAGAUGGUUUACGUGGAAAGCACCACCAACCCAUUGCUUAGAGUUAUGGACAUACCACGUUUAGCAGCUGCAGUUAAAUCAGAAUCUCAUCACAUCAUGUUAGCAGUGGAUAACACCUUCUUGACCCCAUAUCUUCAGAACCCUCUUUUGAUGGGAGCAGACAUAGCUAUUUAUUCUUUAACUAAAUAUAUGAACGGACAUUCUGACACCAUCAUGGGCGCUACAACGACUAGCGAUGAUGAGAUAUAUAAAAGAUUGACGCUGAUACAACACAUUGCAGGUCCAGUCCCAUCUUCUUUUGACUGUUAUCUCGUAAACCGAGGUUUGAAAACUUUAUCAAUAAGAAUGGACAGACAUAUCGAAAAUGCAACGAAAGUUGCCAAAUUCUUAGAGCAGCAUCCCCUUGUCGAAAAAGUCCUAUAUCCUGGUUUGGAAUCGCAUCCCCAAUAUAAAUUAGCGCAGAGAUUAUGGCAUGGGCCAUCGGGGAUAGUUUCUAUUUACCUAAAAGGCGACCUGGAGUUGAGCAAAGCAUUUUUAAAAGCUUUAAAAAUUUUCGCUCUUGCUGUAAGUCUGGGAGGAUUUGAAUCGCUAGUUCAAUUGCCAACAACAAUGUCCCAUGAAGAUAUGCCGAGAGAAUUGAAAGAACAGUUAGGAAUCACUGAUAACUUGAUUAGAUUUUCUAUCGGCCUGGAAUCAGCUACAGACCUAAUUAAGGAUAUUGACCAGGCGCUGAAAGUAGCUGCCAACUUCUACACGCCUUCAUAAUUUAAAAUUAUUCAAUUCUACUAAGUAUGGAUAUAGUUUAUUUUUCUCUUCUAAGAGAUUUAUUAUAUGAAUUACGAUAUUAUAUUAUUUAUUAUAUUUUAUUAAAUUUAUUAUAUUAUAUGAUAUUAUAUUAUUUAUUUCUAUAUAUUUGAGAAAUAAUAUUUGAAAGGGUUUAAAAAUUAUUUAUAUUUAUAUUAUUAGUUUUUUAAGAAAUGAUGAAAGAUUUGUUUUCAUAAAGAAUAUUGUUUAUUUAAUUUCUUUAGACUGAAACUGUGGAACAGCACUGAACCAAAGAAAUUAAAACUAAUAUUUUUUUAUUAGACAAUAUGAAUAAUGUAUUUUUAUUUAUAAAUACUUAUACAAUACACUAGCUACUUAAUUAGGUUACUGUAUGUCUCCUUUAAAAAGUGAAAUUAUAUUUUAUUAUGAAAAGCAUGUAAUUAAGAUAUAAUAAAGAAACAUAAAACAAAU